AUACAGCUUCCCUCGUUUCAAUGCGGACAUAUCUGUGCUGUGUCUGAAUUUCUAGAGAGAGAGAGAGAGAGAGGAUCGAUAGAUAUAGAGAGAGAAAGAGCCAGACGAUCUUGCCGAGCAUCAAUGGCUUUCGUGUCGUUCCUCGGGCGAGUCCUUUUCGUUUCUGUCUUCAUACUCUCCGCUUGGCAAGAGUUUAGUGAGUUCGGAGUCGAUGGUGGGCCGGCAGCUAAGUCCCUUAGACCAAAAUUUGAUGUUUUCUCAAGACACGUGUCUGCUCAGACUGGGCUUCAAGUGCCAGAUGUUGAAAUCAAGUACCUAGUUGCUACUGCUGUAGCCAUGAAGGGCCUUGGAAGCCUUCUUUUCAUCUUUGGGAGCUCUCUUGGGGCAUACCUCCUGCUCUUACACCAGGCAAUCGCUACUCCAAUCUUGUACGACUUCUACAACUACGACGUUGACAGGAAAGAAUUUGCUCUACUUUUCGUCAAGUUUACACAGAGCUUGGCAUUGUUGGGGGCAUUGCUCUUCUUCAUUGGCAUGAAAAAUUCGAUGCCAAGGAGACUCAGGAAGAAGGCUCCCAAAUCUAAAACAGUUUGAGAAAAUUAAGUAUGUCGUGUAUCGGCGUCAGUCAAUACAAAUGAAAAUCGUAGCGCCAACUCCUCAGCUCACAGUUUUCUUCUGUAUUCGAUUCUGAUUUAAGGGUUUGAUGUUAUUGUUGUUGGGAGUCAAUUGAAAAUUUUGAUUUGGGUUUUAGAGAUGUAAAAUUUGCGAAGAGAAGAGAUGAUGGAUGUUAGCUUCCAGGUUCAGGUUUUAGUUUUAGUUUUAGUAAUAGUUACAGUUGUAGUUUUACAUUUGGUUUGGUGCCAGCAUCUUUGUAAUUCUCUCUGUUAAAACUAUAUUAAAAAUUUUCAGAAACUUCUACAGAAUGGCCUGAAUGAUUAGGUUCAAAAGCCAUUUGUCAUGUUUGCUCCUGCCGCCUGGCCAAAUAGGAGCAAUUUGUCAUGUUUGUUCCUGCAUUAUUACACUGUUUGAUGUCUUGGUUUGCAUAA